CACAUAGCCGCCCCACUAAAACAGACUAUAAUAAACUUGGUCUGCUUCUUCGUUUGAUCGGGGUUUUUCGCUGAGGUGCCUCCUUGAGAAGUAUAUGCAUGCGGGAGUCACCGGGUACAUCUGGUAGGCUCAAGCACAGCAAAGUCCUGAAGCUCUGUGGCCCACCAUGUCGGGGACUGGCAGUUCAGGCUCCCUGCGUCACGGCUCCACGAGCCAGACUGCGGAAGCUCGCUAUGUCGACCGAAGAGAAGAUCACGGCCACAACCAGGGAACGUGGCCAGCUGGUGUGCCAGAAUUGAGAACACCUACAGGUGCCUCGAGCGGCGCUCAUGGCGUUCAGCACUGUCCCAGCUGUCCGUUACGGCGGUGCGGCAUAUGCAGCACCUCCCAGACGCAUUGCGAGAGCAGCUGCAGCCAGCGCUGGCACCGCCGCGUCACGGCCGCACUGUGCGUGGUCGGCGUGACGCUCUCCUUCGUCAUUCUCGCCCUGGGCUUGCUCUUCGGUGGUGGCCUGCGCCGAGGGUCGCGCUCUGCAUGGGCCAACCUGAACGGCGAAGCUGCAGUUAGCAACGCAAGCACCCCUGCACCAAGCUUGAAGCCGGAAGUUGCGUUGCCGCAAGGACCCCUCAAAUUGGACGCUGUCUACAUCAUGCGUCUGUGGCCCACGUGAGGACCGCUGUAAAGGACCGCUGAAGUGUUCCAAUACAAGAAGACGAGAAAUACAUGGCAUGAAGUUCACAUCUUGCGAUUUUUGUUAUGCGUUUAUAGAGGUUUGGUGAUUUCAAGAAUAAAAACGAUUGGGUUCUUGUUACCGGCACUCGCAUGAGUGAGCUUAACGAUCUAUAGAGGAGAGGGGGGUACCCGCAAGCUUACAUAACUUAUUGACAGUGCUAUUCUUUAUCGUGGGAAAAGUAAUGUGUGCUGAAGCGGACGCAAGUUUAGUCUAGCGUCCGUGUCGGCACGCCUUACCUUCACUUUCAAUAUCUACUCAUAAACUGAGCUUUAUCUUUGGUCUAAGACUGUUCACGCUUAGAUAACAUUGUUAUGGUGAGUAUUUAUAUGGCCACGUCCGGUUAUCUCUCGUCAAGCGAAAAUGCGCCGAGUGCGCAAAUAUUUAGGCCGUAUGGGCAGCCUGAGACUCAGCGUCUCAUCAACCUCGUCGUGGCCAACAUGACACAUUUAAAUUGUAAUAGCCGGGAGACUUUGUUUAGCUCUCAAAGUACGGUCCUUGUCUUUACCAUGGUUUAAAUGGCCAUUUACAACUGUGUGCGGGAAACAUGCAAGUCGUCACUUCACGGGGUAAUACACGGCCGUCGGCGAUAUAUUGUAGGUGUGUGGCAUCACCUGACGCAUGUCUCGGAAGGGCCUCGAGUCAUGUACAGUGACAGAAGAUUGGACUGGCCAACACGACGAGACGGGAGGCUUAGUAGGACGAGAGAGCCGGUAACGAAAUCGGGGUAGCUGCGGUGGCCAUCAUGAAGGGACCUUAGUGCAGUCGGGGAAGAUGAGAGCUGAACGUGGGUUAUACAGGGUGUCCCAAAUAUCACGCAGCGCGAUUUUAAAAAAAAGGAGCGUCGUUACGCGAAACACACCUCGCAGUCGGUU